AGUGUAUACCUCUCAGAGUAGUCCAGUUAGCAGCGAGGUCGAGCGUGGGACAGAACAGGAGUGAGGUACCUCUCAUGGUUGUAUGUCUGCAUAAUCGGCCCCCGUUGGAACGUUUCCGAGUUCUCUGCACUUAUUGCCUCGUCUUCGAUGCCAUCUUCACCCUGAUCUUUGCCUUGUCCGGACUAUCCUCAAGCGCCUACUCGGUGGAGACGUCGUGCUACGAGCAGAACGGCUACUCAUGGCACAACAUUUUAGCCCUGAGCUUCAUCGUGUCCUCGGUCUUCGCCGCUUGGGGAGGUUUGAUCCACGGAGGCGUGGUGGUGAGCGGCGAGGGCUCGCCCCUGAAGCCGCAGCAGUUGGUGGGAGUGUCCCGGUAUGGCCACGUGCUCGUCGCCUGGACGUUUCUGGCCGCAGUCUUGGAAGCCAUAGCAACCAGAGAGCAGCCCCUCAACUGCUCCGUGGACACUCAAUCAGUUAUUGCUGAGCCGUCUCUGGGAGAUCUAGACAACCACGCCCUCACCAAGCAGCACGUCGGUGCCAUUUGGCAGAUGGCCUCUACGAUACUGUGGCUCAUUUGGGUUAUAGGAGCUGUUGCCGCAGCCAUGUCUGCCAAGAGGAACCUGCCAUACCUACAGGAAGGGCAGGCGAGACAAAGUGAAGAAACCACAGACAACAACGCCCAGAUGGUGGGGAUUCCCGUGCAGGACGAAGAGCUACCUUCUGGCACAGUUGUUGGGGUGGCCACCCCGGCAUUGGGCGGACCUGCUCCAACAUUCCAACCGACGUUUCAAGGAAUGCCCGUUGGACUGCCGGUUGAUGGAGUUUGCCAGGGCAGGCCUGUACGAGAUGAAACUGGUGACGUGAGUCGCCCGGCGGGAGCUCCCAAGGAGGCUUGACCAGUUGCCAGGUUGCGCUUCAGAUGGGUAUGGGUCAAAAUUAAACCACCA